AUGGCCGACGAAACUACUCCAUUAACUGGACAUCCUAAUGGGCCCCACGUGAGCCCAACUUCCAAAGCAAAGAGUCUACUUGGAUCCAAACCCGCUAAAAAGUUUACCUAUUUUAUUAUACCCACUGUCUUCAUUUUCUUUCUAGUUUACAGAUUCUGUCAAUUUGAAACCAAAAUUGCAUCUACUUCCUUACUUGGUCCUUCAUUAACCCUUAGAUUAUACACAAACAAUAUCAGAUACGAUAAUAUCAAGUAUCGUGACCCCCAUGAGAAAUUAUGGACGAAACGUCGGGUACAAAGUAUCAACUCGAUGGAGUUUAACACUGCUAUUGGACAUGCUAAUGUGAUAUGUUUACAAGAAGUGCUUGUUAAUCAAUUACACGAUAUUUUGAAUGGGUUGAAUGCUAAUGAUGAUGAUGAAUGGACUUAUUAUGGAGUUGGUCGUACUGACGGAAUUGAAGCUGGGGAAUUUGCACCCAUCUUGUUCAAACACAAGGAUUUUCUCGUAUUGGAAAACACAACUUUCUGGUUAAGUCCUACUCCUGGUAGGCCAAGUAAGGGAUGGGAUGCAGCUUUGGAGAGGAUUGUUACUAUGGUGACGUUUCAAAGCAAGCUCAAUCCAUUAAUUAAAUUCAAUGUUUUCAACACUCAUUAUGAUCAUCGCGGACAUAUUGCAAGGCGCAGGUCGUCGCAGUUGAUAGUUGACAAGAUGAAGAACUACAACGCAUAUCCCUCAUUUCUUUGUGGUGAUUUCAAUACUGAACCAAGAGACGAACCAUAUGGAAUUUUAACCGCUGCUGGGUUUAAAGAUAGUAGAAUUUUGAUUGAUAAACGAUUUUCCUAUGGGCAUGAAACUACAUUUACUGGAUUUGAUGUGACUAAUGAACCAUAUUCAAUUAUUGAUUAUAUUUGGUCUCCUUAUUUUACGAAGCAACAUUCGAUUAAGGAUAACCCUUAUGAGGAUGAAGCUGCCAAAGAGGCAUUGACAAUGAAUAACUUUUACAACUUGGAUCACCAUGAGUAUUAUUCAAUUGUGUUGAAACAAUUUGGUAUAUUGAGUAAUUUCUUGAAAGGUUUCCAUUUUUCUGAUCAUAGACCAGUAGUGGCUACUUAUGAAAUUGAAAGGACAAGAUUAUUUUAG